AUGGCGGAAUCAACAAAGCUUGUACUGUUAGUGUGCCUAUGCUGCUUUCAAUGUAUUCUGGGGAAUAGCCAGUUGCCUCUCCAAGAUGACUAUCACGGAGCAAAGCCCACGAGAGGGGAGCCAUGGCCAUUACCUCAGAGUUACUCGCCGAGCGCUGAAACCUUCUACUUGGAUCGUAUGUCGUUUGAGUUUCGAGCGACCGGUGCGACUUGUGACACUCUGAAUGCUGCAAUACAACGUUACUCCGAGCUCCUUUUCGAUGAUGCACCGACCGACAAACGGCUGAAAUUCUUUCCAAGAUUAGACCGUUUAAGCUCAGCUGAUGGAAGUGUGAAUACGCUAAGUGUGCACGUUCAGGAAGCUUGUGAUACGGCAGGCAACAUGUACCCAGCUCUCGAAUCCAAUGAAGCUUAUAACUUAACAGUUGAGAGUCCUAAUUCCCAGUUAUUGGCCAAUACAGUAUGGGGAGCUUUGCGGGGUUUGGAGACAUUCAGUCAACUGGUUUAUGAAGGAUCAGAAAGCAAGCUUGAGAUCAACAAGACUGUCAUUAUGGAUUUCCCACGAUUCCAAUACCGUGGGAUUCUUUUGGAUUCUUCGCGUCACUUCCUGUCUGUAGACAUCAUCAAAAAGAACCUGGAUGCCAUGGCUUAUAACAAGUUCAAUGUGUUCCACUGGCACAUUGUAGAUGAUCAGUCAUUCCCAUAUGAAAGUAUCCAUUUCCCUGAGAUGAGUGCUGCGGGAUCUUAUUUUGGUCUGUCUCACACUUACACUCAAGCCGACAUCAGAGAUAUUGUAGAAUAUGCAAGGCUGAGGGGGAUCAGGGUGGUCCCUGAGUUUGAUACACCAGGCCACACUCAGUCCUGGGGGAAGGCGAUACAAAACUUGCUGACAAAAUGUUACUCUUCCGGGAAACUAAAUGGUAACUAUGGGCCCAUUGAUCCCACCCUCAACUCAACAUAUGCCUUCUUGACCAAAUUUUUUGGCGAGGUAGCCGAGGUGUUCCCUGACCACUAUAUCCACUUGGGUGGGGACGAGGUGUCCUUCUCCUGCUGGCAGAGCAAUCCCGACAUCACAGAUUUCAUGAAGAAAAUGUCCUUUGGUACCAACUAUGCAGAAUUGGAGCAGUAUUACAUGCAGAAGUAUGUAUUUAUAAUUUCACAUUUGGCAUACUCAGUACUGAUUCUGUAUUGUGUUAGACUUUUAGGAUGA